GUUUACACUUCAUCGUCGUGAGGUAUAUAUUUGAAGAUCUCUGCAGCAGUCAGCAGUGAUAAGCAGUAUGUUUACAAGCAGACGUUUGUUCACCGUCUUGUGCGGAAGGAAGUUUAAUAAUACAAAAUUCACGCGCAACAAUUUACUUCAGUAUUGUUUGGACAGUCAUCCGACAGCAUUCAAAAGCACAAUGGGAAAUGGGAAGUCUAAAUAUGAACUCUCAGCAGCAGCAGAAGCAGCGGGCUCAGGAAGCGCCCAAAAGGCAACGCAAGAUGAUUUUGUGGAAGAAGUUGUUUGCCAGGCAUCAGACAUCAAUGACAAUGAAAUGAAAUCAUUUGAAGUGGGUGGCGGAAAAGUGCUGCUGGUAAAGCAGGGCGGUAAGCUGUCUGCAAUUGCCAACAAGUGUUCACAUUAUGGAGCUCCUCUAUCUUCGGGGGUCUUGGGAGAUGGACGUGUCCGCUGCCCCUGGCAUGGAGCUUGCUUUAAUGUUCAUACAGGUGACAUUGAAGAGUUUCCUGGUUUGGAUAGUGUUCCAUGCUUUAGUGUGAGAGUAACAUCAGAUGGUGGUGUUGCUAUUAAAGGAAAACGAAGUGAUCUGAAAUCUGGAAAGCGAGUGAAGCCAAUGCAGACUCGUGAUCCAGUAAACCAAGAUACUUUUGUCAUUGUUGGAGCAGGUGCAGCUGGUAUGUCUUGUGCUGAGACAUUAAGGCAGGAGGGUUUCAGGGGCCGGCUGGUUCUUAUAACAGCUGAGAGGUAUCCACCUUAUGACCGCAUCAGGCUUAGUAAAAUGUUGGAUGCAACCAUUGAUAAGUUGGCAACGAGGCAAGAUAGUUUUUAUCAGGAAUAUAAUAUUGAACUCAUGCUGUCAACUGAAGUCACUGGUUUGGACACGCAUCACAAGCAGCUGAAGUUGGGAAGUAAUACUCUGAACUACACGUCCCUUUUUUUGGCUACUGGUGCAAACCCACGUGUACCUUCAAUUCCAGGAAGUACAUUGGAGAAUGUGUUUGUUUUACGGUCAAUUGAUAAUGCUAAUUCCAUCAAUCAGGCACUUGGUAAAGACAAAAACGUAGUCAUCCUGGGAGGUUCCUUUAUAGGAAUGGAAGCAGCAGCUUACUGUGUGAAGAAAGUUCACUCAGUUACUGUGGUGAUUCGUGACAGUGUCCCAUUCAAAGCAUCACUUGGUGAGGCAGUCGGUGGCAGAUUGAUGGCUUUUGCUCAGGAGAAUGGUGUCCAGUUUAUCACUGGGAAUGGUCUAACAGAACUCCGCCCUGAUGAAAGUGGCAAAAAAGUAGCAGCUGCCAUAACAAAAGAUGGAAGAGAGCUUCCUGCUGAUGUUGUUAUCUUUGGUGUUGGUGCUACACCUAGUACUAACUUCCUUAAAGGCUCUGAUGUGAAUGUUGCUCCAUCUGGAGUUAUUCCAGUGGAUGAGUACCUGCGGACAAAUGUUGACGGUGUGUAUGCCGGUGGCGAUAUUGCAAUGGCUCCAGUCCUGGGUGGUGAACAAGCUGCUAUAGGCCACUGGCAGCUUGCACAACACCAUGGUGCUCAUGCUGCCCGCAACAUGCUUGGUGCUGCCAAGCAUCUGAAGACGGUGCCAUUCUUCUGGACAAUGCUGUACAACAAAGGAGUGCGCUAUGCUGGCUACGCUCCUUCAUAUGAAGACGUUAUGAUAACAGGCAGCCUGCAAGACUUAGCAUUUGUGGCGUAUUAUCUGAAAGGUGAUAAUGUACUAGCCAUUGCCACAAUGGGCCGUGAUCCUUUGGCAGCAAAGUUUGCUGAGCGGUUAAAUUCUGGGCGAAGCCUAACUAGAUCAGAAGCUGAGGGUGAUGCAUGGGUUAAUGAGGCAUGAUUAAUGGAUUAAACUGAACAUGAAUGAUGCCAAACUGAUGCAUUUAUACUUGGUGCUGACAUAGUUCACAAAAAAAUAUAAUAUAAGUAGAGCUGGUGCUAGCAUGUGCAAUCUUUUGUGUUCCUUCAGUUAAUUUAGCAUUUUUCAGCGGCACUGAUGAAAAAAAAAAGUACCUCACAUUUUGUGCCUUGUAAGAUUUCUUUGUUCAUGUCACUGCAGUUCUGAAGCUUCUUAAUGCAGUAUUUUCCCUGUGUGUCAAGCAUUCCACAAACACCAACAAGUUUAUAUGGCAACAACUUGUAAGACUACAGUUAAUUAUUCUGCUAUGAUAUAUUUAAUGAAGUAUUAAAACAGCACCACAUUUCAUCUGUACUAUGUGAUACUGUGGAAAAUCUGAAA